GUACAUCAACCACUCGUGUGCUCCCAACUGCAUCACUGAGGUGGUGACGGUUGAGAAGGAGAACAAGAUCAUCAUCAGCUCCUGCAGACGCAUCCAGAGAGGAGAAGAGCUGUCUUAUGACUACAAGUUCGACCUGGAGGAUGAUCAACAUAAGAUCCCGUGUCACUGUGGAGCCGUCAACUGCAGCAAAUGGAUGAACUGAACACACACACACACACACACACACACACUCAGACAGGCAGCUCUCUCUUUCUCUCUCUCUUGAAGCUGGACGCUACUCGCCCCUCCCUCUGUGGGCGGAGCUUGUCUUCAUAUCAGAGAUCAAUAGAAUAAUCAUGAAGCUGAUCGGUAAAGAUCAGAGAUAAUAAUGAUGACAGAUAAGAACGCGGGGUUAUAUAAUACAGGGAUGGGUGAUUGACAGAGGAGGGGGCGGGGCUAAUGACGAGGCUGGUCCUCAGUGUGUACAGAUGUAAAUGUGUGAACGCCACUGAAAUAACAGAACGUCGUCGUCCUCAGAGGAGCUUUAUUAACUUGCACUAAAGAAAAACAGAAAACAAUAAAAACGAGACAAACGCCCACAGACAUACUUGAUUCCUCCUCCUGCCCACCCCCCCACCCCCGCUCCUCCUCCUGCGUUUGUUCAUUUCCUGUAAGAUAAGAGAUUUUUUCUUUUUGUAUUUAUUACUGAAUGAAGCUAUUUUCUAAAUCCACGGUGCGUUCGAGGUCCGGAGUGGCAGCGUGUAAAUAUGUGUAACAUAAAUUGAAAAACAAAAAGUUUAGAGAUCACUCCACCGAGAGCUACCUUAACAUCCUCAUCCUCACCUUCAUCACCUUCUGUUUCCUGUCCCAACGCCCGAGGAGCUGCGUUCUGAUUGGAUAAGACUGUGAAUGGACUGAGCGUGCUCGGAGCGUGGGGCGGGUUUCACUGCGGCCUUCAUGAGUUCAGUGUCUUUUUUUUUGGGCUGCAAUUUUUUUAUUUGAAUAUAAGUUUUUCACUGUCAGAGUUGUGCUGCCGUGUACAUAUGAGGUUUAACGAGGACUCUGACGUGUACAUAUGAGGUUUAACGAGGACUCUAACGUGUACAGGGAGACGACAUGAAGCCUUGUUUCUGUUUUUUUUUAAUUAAUGGACGUAAACUGUGUGAUGAAGAUGAACAUGUUUUUUUUGUGUUUUGGGGAAAAAUGUGGACUCUGAUUUAGAAUCAUUUACAGAAAAUAAAAUAUUUUACAUCUUGAAACCA